AUGCGCAAGUCGGUUGCGAGUGUAUUGAAGUGCUCUGGUAACCGCAUCAACAUCGUUGGAAAGCGUAUGGGUGGGUCUUUUGGCGGCAAAAUAUCUCGCGCCACGAGCACGGCCUGUGCUGCUGCUGUCGCUGCUCGCAAGCAUGGUCGAGCG